UAGUUAUGUGAACCCCGUUUUGUUUCUAUCGUUAAUGUGAGCCAUCUUGCUACAAGACGCCGAUCGUUACUUUUUCAGUGGUGUAAUAUUUUAACUUUAUUUUCAGGGUUUAUCAAGUAUUAAGUGAGGAAAUACAAAAGCUACAUAAUUAAAUAAAUAAAUUUUCAGUAUGGUAGGGACAAGGGUCUAUGUCGGUGGGCUUCCAUACGGCACCAGGGAAAGAGACCUUGAGAGAUUUUUCAGAGGCUACGGUCGAUUUCGCGAUGUCCUCAUCAAGAAUGGUUAUGGCUUUGUUGAAUUCGAAGACUACAGAGACGCGGAUGACGCUGUUUACGAAUUAAAUGGAAAAGAACUUCUAGGCGAGAGAAUUACUGUAGAGAGGGCCCGGGGUACACCUAGGGGUAGUGACCAGUGGCGCUAUGGUGACUCCCGUGGUGGUUAUGGGGACUCGAGGCGAUCUGCCCGAGACGAAAUGCGACACGACAGAGAUAGUGUGAACAGAAACACGAGGACUGCAUCUAGCUACAAGCAAUCAUUGCCCAGAUAUGGACCGCCAACCCGGACCGAGUACCGCUUGACUGUGGAGAAUCUAUCGAGCCGUGUCAGCUGGCAGGACUUGAAGGAUUACAUGAGACAAGCUGGCGAAGUUACAUACGCAGAUGCACACAAGCAACGCAGAAAUGAAGGAGUAGUAGAAUUCGCUACAUACUCAGACUUGAAGAAUGCAAUUGAAAAGCUAGAUGACACGGAAUUGAAUGGUCGCCGAAUUCGUUUAAUUGAAGACAAGAGACGUGGACGUCGUUCAAGAUCAUCCAGUUCAAGGUCAAGAUCGCGAUCAAGGUCUCGAUCUCGUCGUCGAUCUCGUUCUCGCUCAAGGAGCCGUCGUAGCUCUCGAAGCCGUAGCCGUCGAAGCAGCCGAUCCAAAUCUAGAGCUCAUUCAAAAUCGAAAUCCAAGUCCAAAUCUAAAUCACCGGAACGCAGCCGCUCACGAUCAAAGUCCAAAUCAAGAGACCGCUCAAAGUCGAAAUCUAAGUCAAAGUCCAAAUCCAGAUCUCGUUCUAGGUCCAAGGCUGAGAGGUCAAAGUCCAGGUCGCAGUCGAAGUCCAAAGUGAAGUCACCGUCAAAGGAGAGAUCAAGCCGGGAACGUUCCAGGGGUGACAGAUCGAGAUCACGAUCCAUGAGCAAGCACAGUAAGAGCCGUAGCCGUUCACAUUCACCAAUGAAUGGAGACAAAUCACCGGACUCAAAAAUGAAGGACGAUUAAAUCAUACAAGAUGUGUGUGUGUGUGAAAGUCGUUAUAAUUCAGAUUUAAGAUCAUUUUCUUUUAUUUCCUAAUUUUUUUUUUUU